UUCUCUGUUUGUUUUGGUCUCGUAAUUCUUCAUUCCAUUUUUCCACUAGACCAACUGUCCUUUUGCUGGUCAAUAGGAGAGAUGUAUUAUCAUUCUUUUCUAUCCACCCUUAUUCUCAUUCUCCUCACGGCGCCGCUUUCGCAAUGUAUUCAAUUCUCUCACAUCACACCGUCAGCUGGGAAUAACAAUUCCUCUUCCUCUUCCUCUCUGAUGUUGAAUUGGAUACGAGAGCCACAUGAUCCAUCAUUCUGGGCCCUUAAUGCCAUAUUCACUGUUAAUGGAAAACUUUCAGCAUCAAAUGGGUUAGGCUUUGAGUUUAUUGCUGUACCACACUCUCCUGAAGAGUCUGGAAUGAUACAGAUUCCUGUACAAGCCACAGCGAAUAUCACACUCUUGACUUUCACCUUCAACUUACCCCAGCAUUCAAAGUUCAGUGGGGAGAUUUUUGGACAACCAUUCACAUUCAAUGUGGUGACGGAGGGGAGUUCCAUGCCAAAUAUUAGUCCUGGUAUUUUACCACCUAUGGUUCAGAAGAUGUUGACACCACCCCCCGCCACGUCCCACAAAGUCGCAACAAUCGUUGGUGCUGUCAUAGGCUUGAUAGUUUUCCUAUCCAUUAUCCUUGCCUUGUUUGUACUCCGACGACGUCGUCAUCGCCGCCGUGCUCGGAUUGAUGCUGAAACAUUUUUGAGAGAGCGUCAUGCACUGUAUAGACCUACGAGUCUCCCACCUACGUUGACCACAUUCGAUGAAGAAUGUCAUCAUGGACUUGAAGAAAGUGUUGGUCAUUCAUCCACUGCUUGGUCCGAAGGUGGUUCUGAGAAAGAACCUUUAUACAGUUUCUACACCUACUCCCAGGGCUAGGUCGCUGAACAACAACUCCAUCUCAUCACGGACAGAAAAACUCGGAGAUGAUUCUACCUCCGAGUCAGUCCCAUCCCUAGCACUACCGAUUCCCCAGAAUUCUCUUGCUCCGAAUCGAACACUAAUAUAUCUACAAUCCCCUCAUUCCCCUUCCCCUUCUUA